UUGUUGCUUUGCUGAUACCAAUGAGUAGGUGGGAACUGAAUCUUUAAAACAGUAUUUCAUUCAGAGAGCUGGCAGUGUUAGAUGAGUUUUCCACCUCAUCUCCAGCUGGCAGAUGAGAAUAAGAAUAGGGGUGAGGUAGAACAAGAAAGAUGGUCAAUUAUUAGGGAGUUCAGUCUUGCCCCCUAGUCAGCCACAUUUUGAGACUUGUGUAGUUCCGUAAGGAGAAGAAUUUAGCUGUAGGAAGAAAUAAACAGUGAGAAAUUAGAUGACCUCAAACAGCUAGAGCAAUUGUUACUUAAUGACAGAGAGGUGUUGUUUGUUUUUCUGACUAGGUCAUGAUCAGGGCACAGAACCUAGGCACUCAGUGACCAGUGUUCAAGAGAAUAAGCAUUACUUGCUUUAGGCUGGGAUUUUUGUAGCUAAAAAUAGGAAUAGGGAGAAAGAGAUUUGUUUGGGGCAGAAUGACAAAGUUAGCUGUUUUCUUUAGAUAAGCUGUUUGGUCAAACUGCCAUGUCUGUUGUCUCUGGCACCACUGGGUAUCUGGGGUUGGGCCAGCUGCUUCCUGCAAUCAUCAAAUAGCUGUUUCCUAGAACUUUGAGCUCAGUUUUAGGACCUUGGCUUUUGUGGAGAUUCAUGUUUUUAAUUUGGAGGAAAUGUCACAACAAGAAAGAAGGCCUUUCUAAAUUCAACAAGAUUUAUGAAUUUGACUAUCAUCUGUAUGGCCAGAAUGUUACUAUGAUAAUGACUUCAGUCUCAGGACAUUUGCUGGCUCAUGAUUUCCAGAUGAAGUUUCGGAAAUGGCAGAGCUGCAAUCCCCUAGUCCUCUUUGAAGCAGAAAUUGAAAAGUACUGCCCAGAAAAUUUUAUAGACAUCAAGAGGACUCUGGAACGAGAGACUCAGCAUUGUCAGGCUCUGGUGAUCUGGACGGACUGUGACAGAGAAGGGGAAAACAUCGGGUUUGAGAUCAUCCAUGUGUGCAAGGCUGUAAAGCCCAGUCUACAGGUGUUGAGAGCCCGUUUCUCUGAGAUCACGCCCCAUGCCGUGAGGGCGGCCUGUGAAAACCUAACUGAGCCUGACCAGAGAGUAAGUGACGCCGUGGAUGUGAGACAAGAGCUGGAUCUGAGGAUCGGGGCUGCCUUCACGAGGUUCCAGACCUUGCGGCUCCAGCGGAUUUUCCCUGAGGUGUUGGCAGAGCAGCUCAUCAGCUAUGGCAGUUGCCAGUUUCCAACACUGGGGUUUGUGGUGGAGAGGUUCAAGGCCAUUCAGGCUUUUGUGCCAGAAGUCUUCCACAGAAUUAAAGUAACUCAUAACCACAAAGAUGGGACCGUAGAGUUCAACUGGAAAAGAUACCGUCUCUUUAACCACACAGCUUGUCUUGUCCUUUAUCAGCUGUGUGUGGAGGAUCCCAUGGCAACUGUGGUAGAGGUCAGGUCUAAGCCAAAGAGCAAGUGGAGGCCUCAAGCUUUGGACACUGUGGAGCUAGAGAAGCUGGCUUCUCGGAAAUUGAGAAUAAAUGCUAAAGAAACCAUGAGGAUUGCGGAAAAGCUCUAUACACAAGGGUACAUCAGCUACCCCCGAACAGAAACAAACAUCUUCCCCAAAGACUUAAACCUGGUUGCGUUGGUGGAACAGCAGACCCAGGAUCCACACUGGGGGGCUUUUGCUCAGAACAUUCUAGAGCGAGGUGGCCCUACUCCGCGAAAUGGGAACAAAUCUGAUCAAGCUCACCCUCCCAUUCACCCCACCAAAUACACCAGUGGCCUGCAGGGCGAUGAUCGACGACUGUACGAGUUCAUCGUUCGCCAUUUCCUGGCUUGCUGCUCUCAGGAUGCUCAGGGGCAAGAGACUACCGUGGAGAUCGACAUUGCGCAGGAACGCUUUGUAGCCCAUGGCCUCAUAAUUCUAGCGCGUAACUACCUGGAUGUGUAUCCAUAUGACCACUGGAGUGACAAGCUCCUCCCUGUCUAUGAGCAAGGCUUCUGCUUUCAGCCCAGCACUGUGGAAAUGGUGGAUGGGGAGACUAGCCCACCCCAGCUGCUCACCGAGGCUGACCUCAUCGCCCUCAUGGAGAAGCAUGGUAUCGGUACUGAUGCCACUCACGCAGAACACAUCGAGACCAUCAAAGCCCGGAUGUAUGUGGGACUCACCUCAGACAAGCGGUUUCUCCCUGGGCACCUGGGCAUGGGACUUGUGGAAGGUUACGACUCCAUGGGCUAUGAGAUGUCCAAGCCUGACCUCCGUGCCGAGCUGGAAGCUGAUCUCAAGCUCAUCUGUGAGGGCAAGAAGGAUAAGUUUCAGGUUCUAAGGCAGCAAGUGCAGAAAUACAAGCAGGUUUUCAUUGAAGCAGUAGCAAAGGCAAAGAAAUUGGAUGAGGCCUUGUCUCAGUACUUAGGAGAAAGGACAGAGGUGGCCCAGCAAGAAGAGAUGUACCCAGCCAUGCCAGAGCCUGUUCGGAAGUGCCCACAGUGCAACAAGGAUAUGGUCCUCAAGACCAAGAAGAGUGGUGGGUUCUACCUUAGCUGCACGGGGUUUCCAGAAUGUCGGUCAGCUGUGUGGUUUCCUGACUCCGUGCUGGAGGCCAGCAGGGACAGCAGUGUGUGUUCCGUUUGUCAGCCAGCCCCUGUGUACAGGUUGAAGCUGAAGUUUAAGCGUGGUAGCCUUCCCCCAACAAUGCCCCUGGAGUUUGUUGGCUGCAUAGGUGGGUGUGAUGAGACUUUGAAAGAAAUCUUCAGCCUGCGAUUUUCACGGGCCCCUCCAAGAGCCAGCCAGCCCUCUGGCCACCUGCAGGCCAGCCAGGCCCUCAACAGGAUGGACAGCAGUCAGCAUAGCCUGUCUCAACCUCUGGCUAACAGGCAUACUGGAUCUUCAAAGGCAGUGGCCCAGGCCUUACUACCAUCCAGUGCUGCUGGGGAGAGCAACUCUGUGACCUGCAACUGUGGCCAGGAAGCAGUGCUGCUCACUGUCCGCAAGCAGGGCCCCAACCAGGGCCGGCUCUUCUAUAAGUGCAGUGCGGGGGCUUGCAACUUCUUCCUGUGGGCUGAGAGCAGCCAUCCCACUGAAGGAGGAGGCCCCCCCAGCUCUGCAUCAAGACCCUCAGGCAACUCCGUCGGAUGCCCAUCAGGCUUUGGCAGCCACAUGGAUGGGUUUGGCAACCUUGGCAGUGACAGUGAUGGAAGUACAACCUGCCUGUGCGGGCAGCCUGCUGUCACACGGACUGUACAGAAGGAUGGACCCAAUAAAGGACGCCAGUUCCACACCUGCGCCAAGCCACGGGAGCAGCAGUGUGGCUUCUUUCAAUGGGUGGAUGAGAACGUGGCCCCAGGGAGUCUUGCAGCUCCACAGUGGCCAGGAGGCAGAGGAAAAUUCCAGAGACCAGAAGCUACAAACAAAAGACUGAAAGCUGGUACCUCAGAUGCAGGGGCUACAGCAAAAAAGCCUCGGAAAUGUAGCCUUUGCCACCAGCCUGGACACACCCGGCCCUUUUGUCCUCAGAACAGAUGAGGGCAGAUGAGGUGGAAGAGUUGCCUUGACCAGGAAAUGAACUAACUGGGUCCAGGUAGGCAUCCUGGUCCUGGAAACCUAGGGAGGUGCUGGAGUGGGCUUCCUUUGUUGAGGAGUACAAGGAUCGGUCACCUCUGGAGAAUCUGGCUGCUUCCACUGGCUAUUGCUCUGUCUGUGGCUCCGGGUGGCUAGCUGCUGAAAAGUGAGACGAUGUCAGUCAGCAUGUAGGCAGGGACUGACCUUGGGUGACCACUCAGGCCCUGACUGUGGCUGCUGUCUGCCAAGUGAGAAAGACUCUUCCAGCCAACAUGGGCACUGGGCAGCUGAGAAGUGGCUGUCUUGUGUAUCCACAGGCAUCCACUCCCGCUCCAUCUACAACACCCAGAGCUCAUGUGCCUUAAUAAAAAAUCCAUCCACUUUUCUGGUGGCGUGUGGUCUUGGGAUGCCAGCAAGAACCAGUGAAGGCCAAAUUUGCUUCUUCUGGGACUCUCCCCAUCCCAUCUCAGCACACUCUUGUCCCUGCUGUGGCUCGUCCCUUGAAGCUGGCAGCUUCUGGGCACUGGCCUUACAAACUUCCAGAAGAGCCAUGCUAGCUUUGUCUGCAGUUGAGAAGUGAAAUGCGAGUUGCUCCUUGAGUUACUAGUUCGUGAAGCAACUAAGGUUGUUGUCCGGUCAGAGCAAUAGCCUUCGCUUAGGCUAGUAGCUCCCAGCCUGGCUGGUGCAGGGUUUCACCAGUGAAUAUUCCUCCCGGUGUUCACUGGGCACCGUUUGUAGCCUGCAUUUAAGCUCUGACCUGGGUGGUCCACUACUCAGCUACUGGGCCUACCUAUUUGGUCACUUCACAUAAAACAACCUCAUGUACUUCUGUGCCUAGUUUCUUUUGGUUAGCAUAUGUUCAUCGGAUUUGUUGAGAUUGUGCUGAGUCAUGAUUCCACUGUCUUGAGACAGUUUCAUUGUAUAGUGUAGGCUGUAGACUUGCUUUGUACACCAGGCUGGCCUCAAAGUCACCAAGAUCCACCUGCCUUUCUACCUCUUCAGUGCUGGGAUUAAAGGUGUGUGUCACCAUG